AUGAGCUUGAGAGUGGCCGCACGCGGAAGCAGACCCGGGAGAUGCAAGGUGCCGGAGAGAUGCCGGGUCCUGGAGAAACACCGGCCCCGGAAGGCCCCGGAAGGGGCAUUGCUGGCGACCAUUCUGGAAACGGGCGGGACGGGGAUUGUUGAGGACUACAUCUGCAACUCGCUUGGGAAGGAGCAGUGGGACGAGGAGCACACACGCCGUAUGGAGGAGAUGUACAGGCGCGAGAAGCAGGAAGUGUUGGGCCCGGAACAGCAGACGUUCGGGGCCGAGGUCGACGCCAGCGGGUCUUCGCAACCACUUCCAGACCCACAGCUAAGGCCGAAGAGAGAUGACGAGCCCGCGGUGGAUAAGCCUGUGAGGGAGGCGAUCGGAUGCCUGAUGUGGACGAAGCUGACGAGGCCAGACAUCGCCCUGCCUCUGAACAAGCUCCAGAAGAUCGCCCACUCACCCACCGGGAGGACAUGGAACGCGCUUGUGCGGAUCAUGUCCUACCUGAACUUCACGAAGGACUUCGGCAUCACCUACGUACGGGGGUCAGGACUAGACCUAAGCGUGUUUGUCGAUGCCAGCUACGCUGACAACGAAGUAGACAGGCGUUCUACGACCGGGCUAGCUGAGGCGUUGUUUGUGCGUGGCGUUCUGUCGUUCAUUGCGCCCGAGACGAGUGGGGCGAAGAUCAAGGUCCUUGAGGACAACAAGGGGGCUCUCGCCUUAAUCGAGAACCCGUUCAGCUC